GGAGGUUGGAAUGCCCCUCCGACUGAGAGGAACAGGCUCUUGCUCUUUCACUUCUAUCGUGGUUGAGUGACGACAGGGCAGCGUGGGUAGCAGUGGUGUGUCCGCAAGCAGCAACGCGUCGACUGUCUGCCCUCGCAAGGUGCACACUCCUUAAAGUAUUCGAAUGACUGUCAACUGUACAUGUAACAGGUGGAUUGUGGGCCCGUCAUGAUAAGCCUUGCAGGACCAUGCUCCAGGGAAAUUCCAGAGAUCGAAACCGGCUCCCCGGAUCUCUCCAACUAUGGAAGAUGUAUUGCCUGGAGUCUCCGCGUUCAUCUGAACAAUGACGUCACCGUGAGAUGCUGCGAUGCUGCGAUGCUCAAGACCGACCAGCUUCAAGCUCUCUUUCCCCCUUCCGUUCGGAUUUAACUGCGCAUUGCUCCCUUACACAGACAAGUCCCGUCAUGUCCUUCAGAUCUCAGACCGAUGUGCACGUCACGUCGCGGCAGAUCCCUCAAUGGGACUCUAUCCCUAACACUUCCAUCCAGUCUAAACCGCUCAUGAUCUACCACCAAGCCUUCAAUGCAUCAUCAAGGGACCUGGCCGCUCGUUUGGAGGAGGUUGGCGAGGUCAUGCCACAGUGGGUCUAUAGCAUGUACCGGCAAACCCACUAUCACAGCACCACCCACGAGGUUUUGGGCGUCGUUGCCGGUCGCGCCCGCCUUUGUUUUGGCGGCGAAAAGAAUCCGGAUCGAUUCGAGCCGAUCGUCGAGAAGGGGGAUUUGAUCAUUGUCCCCGCCGGCGUGGGCCACCGACUGCUCGAGGACAUUGGGAGCGGAGAGGGUUUCCAGAUGGUUGGAGCCUACCCCCCGGGGAAGGAAUGGGACAUGUGCUACGGACAGCCGGGCGAGGAAGGCAAGGCUCGUUCGAUCGAAAAGCUGGAUUGGUUUCACGGGGAUCCGUUAUAUGGACCAGAUGGCCCGGUGAUGCAUGCGUAGACUACUACGUUCUCCGGUCAUUCCACACGUGUAUUUCGACAUUCAACAUAGUUGUACAUAGUUCUCAGAUCGCAAGGCCAUAGCAUGGUAUUC